UCAAAAAGGCAACGUGUGGAUUAGAUGUACCUAAUCUGAAAAAAAGAUACCAAGUCAAAAGGAGUAAAAUUGCUCGCGCUCAGUUCUGAAGGUUGACAAAAUGAAGUCCUUGCAAAUUUUACUUCUUCUGUGCACCUUUGGAGUCUUCUGUUCAGCGCAGGAGACGUUCAAGCCUGUGAAAAUUUCUGUUUAUUAUUCCGUGUAUUGUGACAACUGCAGAGCAUUUUUCACUGCGAAAUUCGGACCGUACUAUGAAAGGUUCAAGUCCUGGAUUGAUCUUGACCUGAUCCCGUUUGGAAACUCAACGCACAAAGACGAAGGAAACUUCGAAUUUGACUGCGAAAAUGGACCAGACGAGUGCGUCGCCAACAAGUGGCACACAUGCGCAAAUUGGAUCUACAAGGCCAGAUACCCAGAGGAAGUUGCCAAUUUUGUCAAUUGCACUCUUUGGAGGGACGAUAAGUUCUUUGAUGAUAUUGCGGACUGUGCCGAAAAAUUCCGCCUCGACUUUCUUCCCAUUCAACACUGUGUGAAUGAAAUCGAAGGUUCAAUCCACCUGGCAGCUAAUGCGGCAAGAACGAGGGAACACGUGCCUGAAAUAACGUCAUACCCCACAAUCGACUUCAAUGGGACCUUUGAUCAAGAUCUUCAAGACUUGGCUGUGAUGGAUUUUAAAGCAGCCAUCUGCUCGCUAAUAAAAAAUCCGGACACUGGAGCAAAACCAGACGAAUGCAAUGGAGCGCUUAUGAUGGUUCCUUUUUACAGUGUCAUCAUUUUAGCUCUGGGAUUAUUGCUUCGAGUUUAGUGUUUCCGAAUAAUCUUUAAUAAACUUACAUUGAGACGAA